ACCUUAUUGGACAAGUUUCCUCAUAAAGUUAAAACGGUGUGAAGUCAACCCCAGCUUCUGCACAUCCGUCUCUUCUGUGUUUUCUUGCAAGGUUCUAUUUUUUUGGUUUCUCUUUUCGUUUUUCUUCUCAUCCUCUUGUACCCACUAAUGUUUGUUCAGUUUCUUGAUUAGUUGUGUAUCUUUUAUAUUCAAUCUCCCCAAAAUUCAUCGUAAAUUUACGCGAUUUCAACCCACUGAUCUCUUCUUUUAACUCUUCCCUUUGAUCUGUUACUGUAUUCCAUAGAAUUUUGGUUUUCAGCCAUGGGCGACAUGAAAGACAAGGUUAAAGGGUUCAUGAAGAAAAUGAACAACCAAUUCUCCUCUUCAUCAUCUGGAAAAUUCAAGGGCCAAGGUAGAGUCCUCGGUUCUUCUUCUACACCCGCCAAUUCCAAUCCUACCCCUCGCCCCAUUCCUUCGCUCAACCCUAAUUCCAAACCUUCCUCGACCAAUCCCAAACCCACUUCAACCAAUCCCAAACCCUCUCCCCACAAUACCGAACCCAGUAGAAGCACCGAGAAGCCUCGCAAAGAUGGUGAUGGGUUUGACCCGUUUGAUUCUUUGGUUACUAAUUCUAACAGAUCUCAAAAUGGGUAUUCACUGAACGUGUUUGAAUGUCCCGUUUGUAAACAUCCUUUUGGGUCCGAAGAAGCUGUGUCUGAACACGUGGAUGUUUGUUUGAGUAACCUUGUUGAGCGUGAGCCUAUAGGUGAUGAUGGAAACGGGGUUUCGGAGAGUGAGAUUGGGUCUAACACUGGUGGUGAAUUGGAGGUUUGUGUUGGGACUUACGUUUCAGGGAAUCCAUCUGAGGGAUCGGUUGAUAUUGUUCUCAAACUGUUGAGGAAUAUUGGUAGGGAACCUGAGAAUUUGAAGUUUAGGAGGAUCAGGAUGAGUAAUCCCAAGAUAAAAGAGGCUGUUGGUGACGUUGCUGGGGGGGUUGAGUUGCUCAGUUUUCUGGGGUUUGAACUCAGGGAGGAGAAUGGAGAGACAUGGGCAGUGAUGGAGGUUCCCAGAGAGGAGCAGAUAAAAUUCAUCAAGAAGGCAAUUGCGUUACUGGAAUCACAACUUGUGCAGCAAGCACCUCCAAAGAGAGAGGAUUCGGCGUCUGCAAAUUCUGCGCAGACGGGUGUGAAGGUCGAGCGAAAGCCAGUCGACAGACAGGUGAAGGUCUUCUUUGCUGUCCCUGAAAGUGUUGCAGCUAAAAUUGAGCUACCAGAUUCCUUCUAUAGCCUUUCAUCCGAAGAGGUGAGAAGAGAAGCUGAGUUAAGGAGAAAAAAGCUUGCAGAUUCUCAGCUUUUGAUCCCCAAGUCACUUAAAGAAAAACAAGCAAAAGCUUCCAGGAAGAGAUACACAAAAACUAUAAUCAGAAUUCAAUUUCCCGAUGGAGUUGUACUUCAAGCUGUAUUUGCUCCGUGGGAACCAACCACUGCUCUCUACGAGUUUGUCAGCUCAGCACUAAAGGAAGAAGGUUUGGAAUUUGAGCUAAUGCAUCCUGUAAUUGUCCAACGGCGUGUGAUCCCUCAUUUUCCAAAAGCAGGGGAAAAUCCUAAAACAAUAGAGGAAGAGGACCUGGUACCUUCAGCUCUAAUUAAGUUCAAGCCCUUGGAAACAGAUUCUGUUGUUUUCACAGGUCUCAAAAACGAAUUGCUUGAAAUCAGUGAACCACUUGUUAAUAGUUAAGCAAUUAGUUUUGUAUGAACAAUAUUUUUGUUCUUUCCAGGGUUCUUUUAAUUGGUGUGGACAUAUAUACAAAUUUUUAUACUCAUUUUUAGUUGACAAUUUUCAAUUAAA